GUUUUUUUCCAUAUGAUGUGUGAGGAAAAGAGGAUCUUUGAACCCCAGCUUCUUUCUUUUGUUGAUCCAGAAGAAUUGCAUGAAAGCUGGAUUGGCUUUGAACAUGAAGGCGGAGGCAGGCUUUGGGAAUGUUCUCAACUUAUGUCUGUUGCGGCUCUUGUUGAGGCAAAUAGACACACCAUUGUUCUGAUGCAGUCAUCUCCUAACAGGGCAACCAGAACUUUCAUGGAUUAUGGUUCUAUUAGUCAGGCUAUGGAUGGGAUCUGUGGGUUGUACGAAAGAAAACUGAAGGAAAUAAAUCCAACCAUCCAAAACAUCACUUAUGACAUUUCUGAUCUUUAUAAUUUCAUCGACGGCCUGGCAGACCUUAGCGCGUUGAUCUUUGACCACUCAAUUCAGGCUUAUCUACCAUACGAUCGGCUGUGGAUCAAACAUCGGAUGUUCCAGCACCUUAAGAGAUUGGCUUCACAAUAAAUCCCUCAAGAAGAUAUAGGAUCAAUGGUGUGUAAAACUACAUUUAUUGUGUCUAAAAUGGAAUGUAUCAUAUAUCAGUGAAGAGUUUUGUUGCUAAACUGAGACACUAUGCUACCUGAGCUUUUUGCUCCUCUGCUUAAUGUGAUUUGCUGUUGAUAUGCGGAAAA